AUGAGGACCACUGGACGUCGCCCUCCAAGCUCUAGCCCCAUCCCAGACGUACUGCACAAGGAGCGCAACACCCUCUUCGCUGCAGCCAUAUGCUCUGGUCGGUCUGUGCACGUGUGUCUCUUCUACAGCUCGGACUUCACGUGGGCGAGUCCAUCAGUGUCACAAGUGGCAAAGACCAAGUCCUCGACGUACACGAGGAUGUAG